AUGAUGAUGCCCUCUGGCCCCAGCAACCAAGGAGAGAAAUACGCUCUUCUGAAAGAUGAAACAGAGGGAGAGUCUUCUGAAGGGGAGGCCUCACGAUCAGCAUCAGUCGACCAAGAAUCCGGCGUCGUGAAAGUCAAGAAAGACCGACAGAUUACAUGGCAAACACUCGACCCAGCCUGGAAGUCAUGGUAUCUCUUCGUCCCCCUCGGCCUCAUAUUCAUCAUCUUGUCAGGGCUGGCAUUCUUCCCAUCAUGCGAAAAGUGCCACACACCAGACACAUCCGGCUACGUCUGCGCUCCCAACGGCGCUCUUCCCAAAAUCGCCCGAGACAGAGGGUGCGAGUUCGACACGAUGUCGUUCAAGUGGUAUCCCAAGGAGGCGUACAACCACGCAGACAACCAGGCCUUGCUCAAGGAAUUCCAUGCCCAGGGCCCAUGGCACCGAUACUACGACAAGGGCGGCAAGCAUGAGAUACCUCCCACCAGCGAGGUGCUUACUGCGGGUUGGGUUACUAGGAAGGAGCAUACCUUCCAUUGCAUGUACACGUUGAGGCAAACCCAUCUGUGGUUGAUUAAUGGGUACGAUGCGCCGUGGAACUACACCCAUACGAUCCAUUGCACGAAGUACUUGAUGGACACCAUCUUGGAGAACCCCCCGAAGGACUUUGACGUGCUCAGUGUCCAUGGCACGCCUUGGCCGGAGCACCCUGACGUUGUGAAGCCGUACUAUCCUUGCAAGCAUGAAGGACUGAGUUGCGAGUCUUGGUAG